GUCGGUGGCUCAGUUCGGCAGGGUGGGGCGGACCGCGGAGGCCGGGCCUCCCUGCUGCUCCUAAGGCUAAUCAAGGAGGGAGCCCCAGACAGUGGCUGGGUUAGCCGAGAGCAGCAACAUCAGCAGGUGAGAGUGCAGAGGCUUCGCGUUCUGGUGGGGACAAGGCCCGCCGUCUCCUCGCUUCACGCAGGAGUCUUUCCUGUGACGUGAAGAACGUGACGUCUGCCUGUGGAGGACCCACGGGCUCCGAGAUUCUGCGCGUGCAACGCCCGAUGCUUCCCGCUGCCCAGGAAGUGGUGUGCCUGCCCCAGGGUCCCAAGUGAUGGUGGCUGAUGCGGUGGUGGCGGAGCGAGCGGAGGCCUGCGCCACCGGUUAGCACGUGGAGCUGCCCCCGCGCCAACCGCAGGACCUGAGCCCUCUCCGAGAGGAAGCAUGUCGAAGAAAGGCCGGAACAAGGGCGAGAAGCCCGAAAUGGAGCCGGAUGCUGUGCAGACGGCAAACGAGGAGCUGCGGGCCAGGUUGACCAGCCUCCAGAUCGAGUUCCAGCAGGAAAAGAGCAAGGUGGGCAAGCUGCGCGAGCGGCUGCAGGAGGUCCGGCUGGAGCGCGAGCAGGAGCAGCGGCGGCACACGGCCUUCCUGUCGGAGCUGCGCGCCAAGCUGCACGAGGAUAAGACGCGCGAGCUGCAGGCGCUGCGCGAGGCGCUCAUCCGACAGCACGAGCAGGAGGCGGCGCGCGCCGCCAAGAUCAAGGAGGGCGAGCUGCAGAGGCUGCAGGCCACGCUGACCCUGCUGCGGGAUGGCGCGGCCGACAAGGUCAAGACGGCGCUGCUGGCUGAGGCACGCGAGGAGGCGCGCAGGGCCUUUGAUGGCGAGCGUCUGCGGCUCCAGCAGGAGAUCCUGGAGCUCAAGGCGGCACGUCGGCAGGCUGAGGAGGCGCUCAGCACCUGCAUGCAGGCGGACAAGGCCAAGGCGGCUGACCUGCGCGCAGCCUACCAGGCGCACCAGGACGAGGUGCAGCGCACGAAGCGCGAGAGCGAGCGGGACAUCCGCCGGCUGAUGGACGAGAUCAAAGGAAAAGACCGUGUGAUCCUGGCCCUGGAGAAGGAGCUGGGUGUGCAGACGGGCCAGACCCAGAAGCUGCUGCUCCAGAAGGAGGCGCUGGAUGAGCAGCUGGUCCAGGUCAAGGAGGCCGAGCGGCACCACGGCAGCCCCAAGAAGGAGCUGCCGCCAGGCAUCGGAGACAUGGCAGAGCUCAUGGGUGGUCAGGAUCCACAUAUGGACGAACGAGAUGUGAGGCGAUUUCAACUAAAAAUUGCUGAGCUGAAUUCAGUGAUACGGAAGCUGGAAGACAGAAAUACCCUCUUGGCCGAUGAGAGGAACGAGCUGCUGAAGCGCAAUCGCGAGACGGAGGUCCAGCUGAAGCCGCUCGUGGAGAAGAACAAGCGGGUGAGCAAGAAGAACGAGGACCUGCUGCACAGCAUACAGCGGAUGGAGGAGAAGAUCAAGAACCUCACGCGGGAGAACCUGGAGAUGAAGGAGAAGCUGUCAGCCCAGGCCUCGCUGAAGCGGCACACAUCCCUGAAUGACCUCAGCCUGACACGGGACGAGCAGGAGAUUGAGUUCCUGCGGCUGCAGGUGCUGGAGCAGCAGCACGUCAUUGACGACCUGUGCCUGGAGCGAGAACGGCUGCUGCGCUCCAAGAGACAACGCGGGAAGAACCUGAAGCCGCCCAAGAAGCAUGUUGUGGAGACAUUUUUUGGAUUUGACGAGGAGUCUGUGGACUCAGAAACGUUAUCCGAGACGUCCUACAACACGGACAGGACAGACAGGACACCGGCCACCCCCGAGGAAGACGUGGACGAGCUCUGUUCCCUCCUGUUCCAGACUCGGGAGCAGCUACAAGCUGACCUGCUGAGGUCCCAGGCUAAGAUCGAAGAUUUGGAGAAGCUGCUGGUGGAGAAGGGCCAGGAUUCCAAGUGGGUUGAAGAAAAGCAGCUGCUCAUUAGGACAAACCAGGACUUGCUGGAAAAGAUCUACAGGCUGGAGGUGGAGGAGAGCCAGCUGAAGGACGAGAUGCAGGACGCCAAGGACCAGAACGAGCUGCUAGAGUUCCGAGUGCUAGAGCUGGAAGAGAGAGAGAGGAGGUCGCCAGCCUUUAACCUCCAAAUCACCACCUUCCCCGAGAGCAACAGCAGUGCCCUCCAGCUGUUCUGUCACCAGGAAGGAGUGAAGGACGUGAAUGUGUCUGAACUUAUGAAGAAGUUAGAUAUCCUUGGCGAUAACGGGAAUCUGAGAAAUGACGAGCAGGUCGCUAUCAUCCAGGCUGGGACUGUGCUGGCCCUGUGCGAGAAGUGGCUGAAGCAGAUUGAAGGCACCGAGGCCGCCCUGACCCAGAAGAUGGUGGACCUGGAGAAAGAGAAGGACCUGUUCAGCCGGCAGAAGGGCUACCUGGAGGAGGAGCUGGACUACAGGAAGGAGGCCCUUGACCAGGCUCACCUGAAAAUCCAGGAGCUGGAGGCCACGCUGUACAAUGCGCUGCAGCAGGAAGCCGGGCGCCGGGCAGGUGAGACGCUGAGCGAGGCCCAGCGCGAGGACCUGCAGGCCGCGGUGGAGAAGGUGCGCCGGCACAUCCUGAGGCAGAGCCGUGAGAGCGACAGCCAGGUGCUACGGGCGCGCAUGGAGCUGCUGCAGCAGGCCCAGCAGAGGGUCCGGGAGCUGGAAGGCAAGCUGGAGUCUCAGAAGAGGCAGCUCAAGGAGCUGGAGGAGAAGUUUUUGUUCCUGUUUUUGUUUUUCUCGCUAGCAUUCAUUCUGUGGCCUUGA